AUUGGCACCUCUGAACACCAGGAUAGUGGGUGGCGAGAACGCCAAAGCUGGGUCAUGGCAGGCUGGCAGGUCAGCCUGCAUUUUGCUGCGAAUCACGUCUGUGGAGGGACCCUCAUCAGUGACCAGUGGGUGCUCACAGCAGCCAGCUGCAUCGUAUUAAACUUUCCCAGUGUAUGGAUUCUCUACUUUGGACGAGAGACUCAGUCCGGCCCUAAUGUUAAUGAGGUGAGCCGCACCGUGUCCCAGAUCAUCAUCCAUCCUGACCACAACAGUGAGCCAUUCAACAAUGACAUCGCCCUGAUGAAGCUCAGCAGCCCUGUCACAUUCACUGAUUACAUCAGACCUAUCUGCCUGGCGAGUCACUCCAGCCAGUUUCACAGCGCAACCCCCUGCUGGGCCACUGGUUGGGGCAGACGAGGAAGGGAUGAGACCACGGCUGUCUUUGACUCACUGCAGGAGGUUCAGAUUCCUGUCAUUGGAGAAAACCAGUGCAGUUGCAACUUCCGCCAAUCUGUAAACAUCACUGACGAAAUGAUUUGUGCAGGACAAGAGAACAAAGGAGUGUGCCUGGGGGAUGGUGGUGGACCUUUACAAUGCAAACAAGACUCAAAGUGGGUCCAUGCUGGCAUUACCAGUUUUGGAGAACCUUGCGCCCUGGGUAAUGUCCCUGAUGUCUUUACCCGAGUGUCUGAAUUCCAGACUUGGAUCAUGGAUCAAGUGGCGGGGGCAAAGGUUAGCUUUGUGACAUUCACCUCUAUUGGCACCGACCCAGACGACGGCUUUGUGUGUCACACCCCAGUCUCUGAAAGUGCAACCACAGCAGCUCCGAAUACGACUUCAACUACGUCUUCCACAGCAUCAGCUGUUGCAACUGAGCUGACAUUCAUUGUCAUCUUAGUGACACUGUUCCUGCAACAUUUUUUUCCAUAGCACAAUUUUGCGCUAACAACUUCUCAAAGUCUUGUCUUGUUGUGUUGGGUUCUGUUUGUCUUUUGAAUCAUUUUACAAAGCUUGCACUUAUGUUAAAUAUCAUGAUGAUUAUAGAAGAGUCUGUGUAGUGAAAGUUUUGCCACAACUUCUUUGGAGCAUGGUUUUUGUUUUUGUUGAUUUUUUUUCUUUUUCUGAAUUGCACUUAUUUCUUUCCUGCUGGUCUGUUUUUAUGUAACAUAAACUUCUAAACUUCUUCUAUAGAAAAAGCAAUCAUUUUCAUGGACAAUGGUAUAAAACCACUCAUGUUAUCAGUCACACCACACUGCACUUAAUAUCAAAACAAUUAAUGAAGCAUGGUCUGUUUUUUGUUUUGUUUGUUUGUUUUGUCUGUUGGGUUAAAAUAAAACACUAAAUCUAUAUUCUGCAACCAAUGGCCUCCUAAAUUAAAUAAAUGAUUAUGCUGCUCUCAGUGUAUAUGCUGUAUGUAGCUUGACAGUCAGAUAAAUGCCUUUCCUGGCCUUUGGUUGAUGUCUAGUGCUGGCAAAAAAUGUUGCUGCACAUUUGCAACACGCCCUUAGCAUGUUUAUUAUAUUACAUUAAUGCCUCUGGUUCCCUCCCCUCAAAGUCAAUAGUUUUUUUGAAAGAUUUUUUGGUUAGAAGCUUUAAAUAAGGUCUAUGGUUAGCUGAAGAGACUGUCACAUUUCCUAAAUCACAAUUUCUAAUCUUAUUUACCAAUAUUCCUCCAUAGCAGACUCAAAUGCAUACUUCACCAGACACUAAAUCCAGCUGUUAAAACAGACACACUCACACGCACACGAAAAUAAAAAAGGAAAG